UUCCUAUCUCUCUUUCUCUUCUACGCCUUGCUUUGCGAGGCAGCACAGACACCCCUCACGGUGCUCGACACCGACGGAAAGGCCGUCCAAAGCGGUGUGAAGUACUACGUUGUCCCAGUGCAGCCGAAACAGGGAGGAGGGCUCGACCUAGCCUCCACCGACAACCAGACCUGCCCAAAGAGCGUGGUCCAAGUCGCCCCAAAAGUGGCGGGCAACUCGGUAUCGUUCUUCCCCGCCGUGAACCCAAAAGGCGCGGUUCAAAAUGGGACGGAUCUCAACGUCGUGUUCUCUGGCUCAAAUACAGGAUGCCCGGAGUCUACUGUGUGGCAAAUCGCACACGAUGCGGAAAACGUUGACGUCAUUCAAUACGUAUUGAGCGGUGGAGAUAAGGGAAACCCGAGUUCUUCCACGGCGAGAAGCUGGUUCAUGAUUAUGAAGACCAAGAAUGGUUACAAGUUUAAGUUUUGCCCGGUGUCGUUGUGUGACUGCAAUCCUGUUUGCCAAGAUAUUGGCAUUACCGUCGAGAACGGACACAGGCGUUUGGUAGUAGACAGUUCCCUCUCCCCUUUGGAGGUCAACUUUAAGAAGGCUUAAAAUGUUCCAUCUGAUCCUAAGUUAUCUUAGCGACAUGGAUGUAGUACUCCGUAUUACAAUAAACCAUCCUCAGAGAAAAUUCGUCAAAAAUAAUGGAUUAAAAAUUACUGCUUAUAUUGGUUAUAGUACGAACUGGUUAUAUCUCUUUGUUUUUUGUUUUUUUCUUUGGCAAACUGUUAUAUCUCUUUAGUUUUAUACAAAAAUAAUACAUGUCUAUGGAGUGCUAGUCAUUGGCUUGUCGUAGGAAAUAGUAGGAAA